AUGCGUGCGCUAGCAUUUGCUGCAAAUGAUCAUAACAGUUAUUGGCAUAUAAGAAAAGAGAAUUUUUUAAAUGCAAAAAAGAAGAAGUGGAUUUGGUUCAUCAUCGGGAUAGGAUCUUUGGCUUCACUCCUAUCAUGCUACUUGGUAUGCAAGAAGCUUCAUAUUAGAGGGGUUUCCAAGAAAAUCCAAAAGUUGUUACAGAGGUAUGUACGAACAGAUAAGAAGAUGAACACUGAGCUGCAUUACUUCACCUUUCAAAGCAUCUCAUCUGCUACAGACAAUUUCUCAAACACUAAUAAGCUAGGAGAGGGGGGGUUUGGAGCAGUUUAUAAGGGAAAUUUAGUUGAUGGGCAAAAGGUUGCUGUAAAACGACUUUCAAGAAGCUCUGAACAAGGAGUCAAGGAGUUCGAGAAUGAAACCGAACUCAUUGCCACACUUCAACACACUAAUCUUGUCAGGCUUAUAGGGUGUUGCGUUGAGAAGAAAGAGAAAAUCCUUGUAUAUGAGUACAUGCCUAAUAAAAGCUUGGACUCCUUUCUAUUUGAUCCUAGGAAGAAAGGAUUACUGGAUUGGAAUAGUCGCUUUGUAAUCAUUGAUGGCAUUGCUCAAGGACUCCUAUAUCUCCAUAUAUUUUCAAGGUUGAGGGUUAUUCAUAGAGAUCUGAAAGCAAGUAACAUAUUGCUAGAUGACUACCUGAAGCCAAAGAUAUCUGAUUUUGGUAUGGCUAAAUUAAUUGAGAUCAAUGAGUUUGAAGCAAAUACAAGCAGAGUCGUUGGAACACGUGGUUAUAUGCCGCCAGAGUAUAUGAUGAAAGGCACGGUUUCAACCAAGACAGAUGUCUUUGGUUUUGGUGUUUUGUUGCUUGAAAUUGUGAGCAACAAGAUGAAUCAUGGGAGCUAUGAUGUGGAACACCCACUCAACCUUCUUGGGCUAGCAUGGGAACAGUGGAACGAAGGCAGAAGUUUGGAGUUGAUGGAUCCGAUACUUGAAGAGUCAUGCAAUCCCAAGGAAGUAAUGACAUGCAUCCAUGUGGGUCUCUUGUGUGUUCAAGAACAUGCGAUGGACAGACCUACCAUGUUAGAAGUUAUUUCUAUGCUCACAAAUGAAAAAAUGCAUUUACCAGAGCCAAAACGACCCGCAUUCUACAUUGAGAGGCAUGACGCAGAUUCGGUAAGAAAUGCUAAUUUGGGAAAUGGCUCUGUAAAUGGGCAAUCAAUUUCGAUUUUAGUAGCAAGAUAGGAGGCAGAAAUACACAUAUGUAAUAUCGGUAUUCGUCACGGGAUCUAUAGAGUUGCAACAUGGAAAGAAAUAUGGCCGGUUG